AUGGCAGCCGUAGACUGCCCCAUCUGCAACAAGCCAGUCAAGGAGACCCUCAUCAACUCCCACAUCGACUCCGGCUGCGUCUCCCACAUCUUCAACCCCGACCGUACCACCUCCCCGACAGCGAGUCAAGCUCCCAACGGCACGCAAACGACCCUUCCCUCCGCCUCGCAGGCCAAACGUUCCGCGUCAAGCUUCUUCUCAACCCCAGCCGCCAAACGCCAUGCUCCCCCGACCAAAGUCCUCACCACCCCCGCCAACGCGAACGGCGGCAUCGCACGCACCGCAGGCGUGAAGCGCAGCUUCGACGACGGCCCGGGCGCUGUCCCUUCCCCCUCCUUUGGCGGCAGCACGGUAGUCGCAGAGCAGGACGACAAGGAAAUGGCACCCCCCGAGACGGGCCCGGCCACGAAGCGCACCAAGACGGCGCGAGCAGCGCCCCUCGCGGAACGAAUGCGGCCCAAGACGCUCGACGAGGUUUGCGGCCAGGACCUGGUCGGCCCAAACGGCGUGCUGCGCAGCCUCAUCGAGUCGGACCGCGUGCCGAGCAUGAUCCUCUGGGGCGGGUCCGGGACGGGCAAGACGACGAUCGCGCGGUGCAUCGCGCACAGCGUCGGGUCGCGCUUCAUCGAGCUCAACGCGACGAGCUCCGGCGUGGGCGAGUGCAAGAAGUACUUCGCCGAGGCGGCCAACGAGCGCGCGCUCACGGGGCGCAAGACCAUCAUCUUCUGCGACGAGAUCCACCGCUUCUCCAAGGCGCAGCAGGACGUCUUCCUGCACCCCGUCGAGUCCGGCACGAUCACGCUCAUCGGCGCCACGACGGAGAACCCGAGUUUCAGGGUGCAGGCGGCGCUGCUCUCGCGGUGCCGGACGUUCACGCUGAGCAAGCUGACGCGGGAGGACGUGGCGGGGAUACUAAUGCGCGCGAUCGAGGAGGAGAAUGCGAAGGGGGGAGGUGUGCCGAGCCCGCUGAUCGACGCGGAGCUGGUGACCUACCUCGCGGCCUUCGCGGACGGGGACGCCCGGACGGCGCUGAACCUGCUGGAGCUGGCGCUGUCGAUAUGCAACCGGCCGGGCAUCACGAAGGAGGACAUCAAGGCGUCGCUGACCAAGACGCUGGUGUACGACCGCGCGGGCGACCAGCACUACGACACCAUCUCGGCGUUCCACAAGGCGGUGCGGGGGAACGACCCGGACGCGGCGCUGUACUACCUCGCGCGGAUGUUGCAGUCGGGCGAAGACCCGCUGUUCGUGGCGCGGCGGAUGGUCGUGAUCGCGUCGGAGGACGUCGGGCUCGCGGAUAACACGCUGCUACCGCUCGCGACGGCGGCGUAUACUGCUGCGCAGCAGAUUGGCAUGCCUGAGGCGAGGAUACCGCUGGCGCACUGCGCGGUGGCGUUGAGCCUUGCGCCGAAGAGCACGAGGGCGUAUCGGGGGUUGAAUAAUGCGUACGCGGCGCUGAGGGAGCCGGGCGUGGCGGCGUUGCCUGUGCCGCUGCAUUUGAGAAACGCGCCGACGCGGUUGAUGAGGGAGAUGGGGUACGGGGCUGAGUAUAAGUACCCGCCGAAUUAUAGGGAGGGACGGGUGAGGCAGGAGUAUCUGCCUGAGGAGCUGCUGGGGAGACGGUUCUUGGAGGAUAGGGACUUGGGGACGGAGGUUGAUCCGGACCUGGAGAUGGAGACGGAGAGUUGA